AUGUGCCUCUCUGUGGGUCUCUUAAUGUGCCGCUAUGUGUCUGUAUGGGUGUCCCUACGUGUAUCUGUAUGUGUACCCCUCAAUGUGUCUGUAUGUGUGUCUGUAUGUGGCCCCUAUGUGUGUCUGUAUGUGUGGCCCUACCUGUGUCUGUAUGUGUACCCCUCAAUGUGUCUGUAUGUGUGCCCCUAUGGAUGUCUGAAUGUGUGCCCCUGUGUGUGUCUGUUCGUGUGCCGCUCUGUGUGUCUGUAUGUGUGCCUCUUAUGUGUGUCUGUAUGUGUGCCCCCAUGUGUGUCUCUACAUGUGCCCGUAUGUGUGUCGGUACAUGUGCCCCUCUGUGUGUCUCUACAUGUGCCCCUAUGUGUGUCUCUACAUGUGCCCCUAUGUGUGUCUGUAUGUGUGCGCCUAUGUGUGCAUGUAUGUGGCCACCAUGUGUGCCCCUACGAGUAUCUGUGUGUCUGCCCCUAUAUGUGA